AUGACUGAUCCACAUCGAAACAUUGAAAGAGAUAUUGAUCGAUUCAAUGAUAUUUUCCAUCAAUAUGGCGAUGAUAUGGAUGAAGAACAAGAUCCAAAUGUUGAUUUUGAUAAUCUUUAUAUGAAUAUUGGUAAAGACAAUGAUAAUGAUGAUAACUAUACAGAUGUAUUUGAAAUUCAACAAUUAAAUGAUGACAAGAACAUUUUAGUUGAUCUGACUGCUGAAGUAGUGGAGGAAGAACAUUUAUCUCAAAAAUUAAGUCAAUUAUCAGCUAUUGAUAAAGAGCAAGAGGAUAGUGAUAAAUUCAAACCAUCAACCAUCAAGAAACGAUCAGCUUUAACACCAACUACCACAACAGUCAACAUAACGAAAAAAAUGAAAUCAAAUGAAGAAGAACAAUCGAACAGAAUGAUGCCAAGAUAUUUAUCAAGUAAUAAUAAAGUUUUUGAACAAAUGAUCAGUCCUGUACUUCAAAAGACAAGACUUUCUAUCAGUAUUGAAUAUUUACGAGAAAUUGCUCUUCUUAUUCAUCAACUUGAAUGUAUCGAUCUAGACAGAUUACUUUGGACUACAUAUUUAUGUUCUGGUACAGGUACAUUAAAGCCACAAGAAACUACUACACUCUCAUUGUGGCCUGCAGAAGUCAAAACAAAAAUGAUUACUCGUGGUCGAACAACUGUAUCUGAUCCAAAUGAAAUAGAUCAUGAUUCUUGCUUGGAUUAUGUUCAGAGAGUUCUACAAAAAUUUCGAAAUCAAACAGAACAUUAUCAAGCUCAACUGAAAGAAAGAAAACAAGAUUUAAACAAAUAUUGGACAUGUGAAAUCGAAGAAGCUAUCACAAAAUUUGUUCAACAACAUAUCGCAGCUGUAGAUAAAGUAACAACAAAAGGACUAAUUGCUACUGUCGAAUAUGAUUAUAAUGAUCGAUUGAUUCAAUUAGAAUAUGAUCAACAAAAUCCUAAUGAAUAUCAAAAACAAAUAUUCGAAAAUCUUACUCAAGCUAAAUAUGAAAAUGAAACAAGUAAAUUUGAUGUUGCUAUAUUGAAACACCGUAUUGUUUAUAACCAUUUACCACAAUCAUUUGAAUCACUUCACAUACCUACACCCAUCUCAUUAGAUACAAUUAAUGAUAGAAAUAUUCGUCAACGUUUAAUGGAUCGAUGUGAGAAAAUAUUACAACAAACAAAAUCUGAUAUGAUGAUAGUUUAUAUCACAACAGCCGAAGCAAAAAUGGAUCAAUAUCAAAAGAAAUUCGAUACUGAAAUGGCUAAAAUGAAAGAAAAUCAAUGUACUGGUCCACCUGAUAAAAAAUUAACUCUAACUAUGUUGAAUAUUAUGGAACGACGUUUCAAAAAUAUAAAUGAACGUCUUAUGUGUCUUUACAAAUUAAAAUUACGUUUUUUCGUCAAAGCUCCGACGGUCAAGAAUUAG